AUGAGCGGCUUCUGGGGCCUCGAGGUGAAGCCGGGCGCCAAGCCGACCCCGCUGCGCAAGCAGCCGGGCGAGAUGGUCAUGGUGCUCAAGCAGGCGGCGCUCGCGCCCACGGGAAAGCUCAGCGCCGACCCGAGCGUGCUCUCCGUGUCGGUCGGCUCUGACACCAACGAGCGCUUUGUGCUGUGCCACCUCGCGUCGGGCAAGUGCGAGCAGUGGGCAAUCGACCUGGGCUUCGGCCCCGACGAGGAGGUCAACUUCCACCUCACGGGCAAGUGCGCGGUGCACCUGACUGGCUUCUACGAGAUGGACGACGACAGCGACGACGAGGACGAGAUGGACAGCGAGGAGGAGGAGAUGGCGCGGAUGCAGAAGCAGAAGACGGAGGCGAAGCCGACGCCGACGCCGAAGCAGGCGGCCGCUGCCAAGCCCCAGCCGGCGGGCGCCGGCACGCCUGGGGCGGCGGGCUGGACCGCUGCGCAGGAGGCGGCGCUGAAGAAGGCGGCGGCGGCGACUGACGCCUCGACGCCGAACCGGUGGGCGAAGGUGGCGGAGAAGGUGGGCGGGGGCAAGUCGAAGGACGCUUGCAAGAAGCACUUUAAGGAGCUCGGCGCCAAGUAG